CUCUCUCAAGAACAGUGCAACGAACACGGGUAAUAGUAGCAGCUCGGAGACAUUUGAUAGGGAGGGCGCCUGACUCUGCCCGCCGGCGAUGAGGUACGGCGAGGUGGCACACUUCAGCCACCCGCAGCACCGGCUCCGGCUGGAGCACCUGGACACGCCGUUCCGGUGCGACGGCUGCCGCGAGGUGGGCAUCGGCGCGCGCUUCCGCUGCCCGCACCCGGGCUGCGACCACGACCUGCACCGCCAGUGCGCGCUCCCGCUCUCCCCGCCGCCGCCGCCGCUGCGCCACCCGUUCUACCCGAGCUGCGCGUUCGCCUUCCUCGCGCGCGCGCCGGGCGCGCCCGGGUCCCGGUACUGCAACGCCUGCGGCCGCGACGUGGCCGGCUACGUCUACCACUGCCGCUCCUGCGGCUUCGACCUGCACCCCUGCUGCGCCGCGCUCCCGCACGCGCUCGACGCCGGCGGAGGGGUGAGACUGUACCUCCACCCCGACUCCAAGGCCGCCGGCGAGUGCCACCGGUGCGGCCACCGCGGGCGCAGCUGGAGCUACCGGAGCCAGUGCAAGAGCUACAGCCUCCACGUGGCCUGCGUCAUGGACAUGCUCGUCGAGAGCUGGCACGGCGUCGGCCGCCACAAGGGUGCUGGAGGUGGCGGUGGCAGAGGAGGAGGCAAUGUCAAUGUGUACGACGCCGGGCUGUUGGUGGCCGGGAGCGGCGGGUACAGAGUGCCGGUGAUCAGGGGCGCGGCGAAGAGCAGCCACGCGAGCAGGGGACGGUCUUACUGGGGGAGGAGGAAGGGCAAGGUGAAGCGCUGCUGCGAGAUCGCGGGGUUCGCGGCGCAGGUGAUCAUCUCGGCGGUGCUCGGCGACCCCACCGCGCUCAUCGCCGGCGUGAUAGGCUCGCUCAUAGUGCGGUGACAGCCGAUCGCCGGCGCCGGUAAAGUAUGUAUACCCCGCCAUGUAAAUAUUUUAUGGUGAAUUACUGAGUUGUAAGUCAGUAAAAAACAUGUUGGUCCAAAUUACAGUGUCAUUUUACGGUAAAUAAUUUGGUCCUAAGAAUAUGUAACCUCUAAGUGUGGGGGGCUUGGGAAGCUCCCAAAUAUUUGUUAUUUUUUUUACCAGUCAACCAAAGGACGUAUUUGUUAUUUGUAGUUAUUGACUGUUCAGUCUUCGAUCUUCCUUUUGACUAUUGUUUUUUGCAACUUUAUUUUCAUAGGUACUAA